UCCAGACCAUAUCUUCCGGGUUCAAUUGGCGCCAUUCCUGGUAUAGAAAGGACGCCAUUCCAUAGUUUGCGUCUCACUCGGCGAGUGUCAAAUUUCACCUCGGCGUUUCUCCUAACUAUGUCGAGCGAAUCUGGAUUUUCUAGCGAGGAGGUGCUGAACAGCCGCUUCCCUCUCCACCGGGCGUGCAGGGAUGGAGAUGUCGGCGCCUUGUGUUCCUACCUUCAAAGCACCGCCAAUCCGGCUGACCUCACCGUGGAGGACACCUUCUACGGCUGGACGCCAAUACACUGGGCGGCUCAUUUUGGGAAGCUGGAGUGUGUGAUGCGCCUGGUGCAGGUGGGCUGCAGGGUCAACACGGUGACCUCCAAGUUUGCGCAGACGCCUACUCACAUCUCUGCAUUUGGAGGCCACCCAGAGUGCUUGUUAUGGCUCCUUCAAGCUGGCGCAGACAUAAAUAGACAGGACUAUGUGGGCGAGACGCCCAUCCACAAGGCUGCACGUGCGGGCAGUCUGGAGUGCAUCAACGCUCUCUUGGUUCAGGGAGCAAAAGCUGAUGUGAGGAAUGCCAGUGGGCUGACCGCUGCCGACCUGGCCCAUGCCCAAGGAUUCCGGGAGUGCGCUGAGCUUCUCUCCAAUGCCCAGAACUUCCAACAAAACAUGGCUCAGUUCCAUAACGGGGCCUUUCUCAGUGGCAUCACCCAGAACGGGGGCCACACUCACCCCACUAUCCAGGGUCGCAGCUUCUUGAACGGCCUACCCAACAGAAAGAGGUCUUUCGAUGGGCAGGAAGUCAAUCCGGUGAAGAAGGCAAGACCCAACGGUCUGGGCAUGCCACUUGAGAUGCAGAAUGGACACGGGCCACUGGGUGGUGCCGGAGACGCCCAGAUGGAGAGCAUGGCCGUAGAGUUGGCGUCUACUGUAACCUCAGUCGGUCAGUGUCAGCCACAGCUUGCUUUUGGGUGCGAUCCAGCUGAAGAAAAUCUGCAUGACCCACGCACCUACGGCAAGGACUCACCUGAGAUGAGCCAAGUGGAGCACCAGAAGUGCGUGACUGCAGAGCAGUUGUACGACCACGCUCUCUUCAGCACCAUGCUCCUCUACCACGGAGCCUGAAGUUACACUUUCAACUCGCACAAGCCUUCAUUUGCCUUAAAGAUAGUGACUAUUUCAGCUUGUAAAGGGCAGGCCCAGUGUGUUUAUUUUUUGUAAGUAAUUGAAGGUGUAGGAUCCUAAAUUGUGUUGUUAAAGCGAUUGUUUAUGUUGUGUAAAAUAACCUUAUAUCUUGAAAGUAUUUUUCAUUAAAGCACUGCCGACGUCUUUAUCUGUACAAACUUAUGUUACCAGAAUAAAAUCAAGAAAAUGUGCAAAAAUAA